CCUCUACUGACUGUUACAACUACGAAGCGCUGCGCUGAACCCUAGCUUCCCGACCCGUUAUCCUUGCCGUGAUCUCCCCCUUCGCCCUAAGCUCCAUCUGUGGACUAGCUUUGCAAGAUGUCCAUGCUGCUCCAGUCCGCGCUGGCUGUGGCCGUCCUGGCGCAGUCGGCGGUGCCGGUUCCCUUCCUGGACAGCGGCAGCGGCAUGCAAACCCUUCCGGUGCCGCUGUCCGUCUGCGCCGCGUCCAAGUGCCUUGUGCAUGAAGAUUCUGACUGCGAUGACCGGCUGGUGUCCGAUGAUGACCGCCCCUCAAGCCCGGCAUCGACUAUCGGCGACGAGGCGGACAUGCACAUCGCCGACCUGGCCAGCUUUUCGCAUGUGUCACCUGACAACGAGCGCAAGCCCAAGCCGCUGCGCGCUGCUGAGAUUCCGCUGGGCUCGCCGGCGGACGACGCUCUCGAGCCUACCGCCUCGGCUCACGACACCAACCCUGCUGCGGCUGGGCAGUCUGACGGCGCCACCGACGCCCUUGACCGCGCCAUCUGCGCCAGCCUGCACGCGAGCGGCUGCCCCCUGGUCAUCAUCGACCAGUCCUCGGGCGAGAUCGCCCCCUACAAGCCCGCUGGCUCUGGCGCGUACCGCCUGAUGUACCAGUCAUUUCAGAAGCACUGGCCCGGCGUGCAGCAGGCCUGGGACACCGCUCAGGCUUUCAAGGCCCGGGCCGCGGACUCCCUCCAGCAGGCACUGAGCUGGCGGUACGACGCGACCCAGAUUGGGUGCGGGCUGGUGCAGCAGUACAUCGCCGAGACGGUGUGGCAGCUUGAGCUGCAGGCUGUGUCGGACCUGCAGGCAGCCGGCCAGUGGGAGGUGGAGUGGCAGGUCCGCGUGCAGGCCAUGCAGCAGGCGGUGCGUGUGGCCGAGGCAGUUGCCAAGAACGGGCGGCUGGAGCACGUGCUCGUCGUGCCCGUCUUCGUGGUGUAAAGGCACUGUGCGACUGGCCUGGAUAAAUGGAUUGAUUCAUAAAACUCGGUGUUUUUCAACACCACCUCCUUGUACCGUGUACCGUAUUGCGGGUGAGGGUGGGGAUGGACACAAGCGGGGGACACAAGUGCAGAUACCUGUGCUUGAAGCAAGAUGCAGUAGGGGCGUAGGGCAUGGGAGGGGCUGGUUGGCAGGACUGUCUUUCGCGGGUUGGCGAGGCGCACGGUACGGGAAAGCAAUGCGUGUGGGCACCGGCGCCUACCUGCAGGAUCUACGAGGGACGGACCUGUGGGUUGCUGGCGGUACCGCGGUAGACGCGUAGGGCACCCGGGCGGCGGGACCUGGGCGGCGGGACAGCCUGGGACCGGAAGCGGCACGCUGUAGGGGAAGUGAGGUACGGUUCACGCUGCCGUUCGAACCGCACCGUUGAAUUUGUACGGGAUCAGGGGGGGGGGGUAGAAAGCUCAGGUUCUUACCCCAUGCUCAAUAUUACAGAGCUUUAGGAGAGCAUGAUGCACGUGCUUUUAGUUUUGCCAGGGGGUGUCUGGUGAGGAAGUCCUGGGCGCUGGGCCGCCAAAGUUGGGGGUCGGUCGUCGUCCCUGGGCUCCGCCGGGAGCCCAUCCUGGCGGAUUUCGGGAAGCGCCCCACAAGCAGAACCAGGGGCCAAAUGCAGCAGUGCGAGGUUCACAUCUGCACGUGAUGCCGUAAUAAGCACAAACAAAGCGUGGGAAGGCGAAGGUACGCGUCCGGGCGUGGACAUGUCGGCACAUGACCCCUCAUUCGACAUGCGCACUGCCACGGCUGGGCUUUCUAGCGCUGGUGCGCAUGAAUUUACGUUUAACAAGGCUGCCGAUGCACACUGUCCAACCGUCACACGGCAGAGAGUUGAGCGCGGUGUGGGCUGGGUUGAGGGGAAUUCAAUGGAUAGG